UAGCAGGCGCACGCAGCAAAUAAACAAAACAAGAAAUAAUCAAAAUCAACUAACCUCUCUUGUCUUCUAAUCUAUAAUUAUUGCAAAAGUCAUUAGGCAAUUAAUUUUUAUUGAAAAUAUUUGCGGCUACUUUUAUAGAGUCAUUUCUGCACCCAAAAUAACAGAUUGGAGGAGCAAUCCAAAUAAGUAUUCUACAUAGAUUUAAAUAAUGGAGACUCCAGAAGUAAUGAAAAAAUCCCGUGUGGAUUUAUCAUCGUUGCCUACAAGACAAUAUUUGGAUCAAACUGUAGUACCCAUACUCAUGAAUGCCUUAUCCUAUCUCGCUAAAGAACGUCCUGAUGAUCCCAUUGCAGCCUUAGCAUCAUUUUUAAUGAAAAAUAAAGCCGCUUAUGAUAAUAAUUCAGAAUCUGGUGGUUUUCCUAACAAUGAAGUAACCAGCGGUGAAGAAAAAUCUUAAAAUUAAUUCUAUUCCUGUGGAGACUUGAGA